AUGGCGACGCAAUCGCUGCUCAUGUCCCACCAGCAAAACCAGCAGAUGCAGCAUCAGCAACAGCAACAACAUCAGCAGCAUCAUCCCCAAACUCCUGGAAUGACCGGAAGCCCCAAGUCGCGCAUGUCGCAGACGCCACUUCAACGGCCACCGUCAGGACUCGGCCCGCCUCAAGCUCCGCCUCAAGGCCCUCCCGUCGGCACCCCCAACAUGCACGCUGGCCCUCCCGGAGGACCCAAUGUCAACCCUAAUGCCGCGCCUGGUCCCAUUCCUGCCACCACUCCCCUUGUUGUGCGACAAGACCAGAAUGGUGUGCAAUGGAUCGCGUUUGAGUACUCUCGCGACAGGGUCAAGAUGGAGUACACCAUCCGCUGCGAUGUCGAGUCUAUCAAUGUUGACGAGCUGCCGCAAGACUUCAAGACCGAGAACUGUGUAUACCCUCGCGCUUGCUGCGCCAAGGAUCAAUACAAAGGCAACCGUCUUCACUACGAGACUGAAUGCAACACCGUCGGCUGGGCUCUGGCGCAGUUGAACCCUUGCCUGCGCGGAAAGCGUGGUCUCAUCCAGCGCGCCGUCGACAGCUGGAGGAACAGCAACCAAGACCCCCGACUAAGGAGCCGACGCGUGCGCAGAAUGGCCAAGAUGACCACAAGGAAAGCCCAAUCGGCUAACCAUGGUAACCACAUGGCUGGACCAGGUGGACCAGGUGCUCCCGGUGUUCCCAACUCUGCCGGAUUAGCAGCACCGCCCCGACAACCGAACAUGGGCAUGGGCGGCCCUCAGAUGCACCAUCACCAUGAUGGACCUGGAGGGCCCCACGGAGGACCAGAUGACGUUAGCGCCAAUGAAUACGGUGAAUCACACACUCACCAUCACCAAGCGCCAAACGGUCAAUCAUCAUCACCUACCGACGGGCGGCCCGCUCAGAGCUUCUACCCGAAUUACCCAUCGAGCGACUCCGUCGCAGGCUCCAGCGGCAUGCCGCCGAUUCACGACAGCCUGAGCCACCCUCCGCCUCCAUCGCACGCAGCGGGUGUGCCCGUUUCAAAGCAGCAAGAGCAAGACGAAGAAGAGCGAAAGCUAGCCAUGUUUGGCGACUUACCUGACUCGAAGCGCCGCAAAUUCAUCCUUGUAGAUGAUGCGCAACGAGGAACUAGGGUUCGCGUGCGAGUUACCCUCGACACGGUCAAGAUGGAGGAGAUGCCUGAUUCUUACCGCAAGUCCAACUCGGUAUUCCCUCGUAGCUAUUUCGCCAUGCAAAUGACCUCUCCACCUGCCAGCCCUCGUGGCAGCAAGGUCUUUGCUGACGAGCCCGAUGUUGAGAGCGACCCGAGCUUCCCUCUGGCUGGCUCUACUGUUGUGCCUGUUCCAACGCUGGAUGGCGAGACUCGUGUGCCGAAGCCGCGUCUUACUCGUGCGAAGCGGUCGAAGGAGAUUACGCUCAAUGAUCUUGGUUACCGCAUGAGCUGGAGCCAGAGUCGUGUUUUCGCAGGAAGGACAUUGUUUCUGCAAAAGUCUCUUGAUGCCUACCGCAACAAGAUGAGAAGUAGCAUGAUGGGCCAAGGUCAAGAUGUGACCCAAGUAGCCCCACAUUUCGAGACUCGUGUUGGAAAGAGGCGGUGGAACGAGAGAAUCGAGAAGAGCAAGAAGGCGAGGCGCGAUGGCUCUCCUUAA